AUAAGCUGGGCCCAACCUCCUCAGGUAGAAGGCAGUAGUGACACAGUACAGCUAACCUAUUAUAUGUGUGUACUAGUACCGUAGUACAGUAGAGUUUGAACAUGUCUGACUCGCAGUUCUUCGAUCUAGCUGAUCUGAACGGGCCUCUUACAGUUGAAGCUAUCCUUCAGACGCUACAGCAGAGAUUCAUCAAUAGGCAAUGCUAUACGUGGGUGGGCCCAGUGUUGUUGGCUGUCAACUCUUUUGAGGCACCCUCCCCUACCACACACGCUGUAUUGAAGCGUCUCGUGGAGAAUGUAUUAUCAGAGCUCUCCUCUAAACCUCGUGCUCUCUUGUUCAAUGGACUCUCUGGAGCUGGCAAAACAUUCACUGCCGAUCAAGUUCUCCUGAAAAUGUUCCAAACUGCUCACAAAAGUGACUGGCUCCAAAACCUGCGCAAGUACUGGCAAGUAUCUUCUGUGGUACUCAAAGCACUAGGAUCUGCAGCCACUGCUGGAAAUAAAGAAUCUUCUCGUAUUGGGAGAAUGGUGGACUUUGGGUUUGCUGGGCAGAUCAUCACUAAAGUCAAGAUCAACUGUUUCUUUCUGGACCAGACAAGAGUUGUGGGUACCAAACAAAGUGAACAGAACUUCCACAUAUUCUACCAACUACUAGCUGGCCUAACUCCUGAGGAGAGGAAUAAGCUAGCUCUGAGCUAUCAUGAACCUCGAACCCUCCACUACUUGUCUCAGGGACUAGAGCCACGAGAGUCACAACAAGUUUUGGCAAAUCAUUUUGAAGCAUGGAAGUCAUCUCUGGCCCAGCUUGGUAUUCCACUCACAGAUGUGGUCAAGGUGUUAGUAGCUGUUCUCUUGUUGGGCAAUGUCUUGUUCUAUGAAGCAAAGAAUCAAGAGCUCUCAAUGCAGGGAGCAGACGAGCUUGGUGCAGUGGCUGGUUUGUUGGGAGUACAACCUCAGCAACUACAACAAGGACUCACUCUUCGUACAUAUGCUAGUGAAAGGGGAGAGGCCGUACAAGCGCCAUGUUCGGCAGCUGCUUCAAACGGUGCACGGGACGCUCUGGCAAAGUCUCUGUACAUUCGCACAAUAGUUGCCAUUUUGAGGCGUAUCAACACUUUAUUACGAGGAGCGGCCCAAAGGUCACAGGGUUCACAACCUCCACCCCCUGAUGACGCUACUCUUCAUGUAGUGGACAUGUUUGGGUUUGAGAAUGCAGAGGUCAACUCUCUAGAAGCCUUGUGUGGAAAUCUCGUGUCUGAGAGUUUACAAGAUUAUUACACACGAUCAUUGUUCAGAGCCACUGUAGAUCAGUGCAACGCUGAGGGGGUGGACCCAUUGUUUGAGAGCAGCCUUUAUGACCACACUCCUUGUUUGACUCUACUCGGAGGUGGCGUGGGCGGGUCACACACACUCACACAUCUCAUCAAUCAAGAGACCCUAUCACCAAGAGUGUCUUCUGAGGACAUACGAGUGCGACUAAGAGCAAGGUUCCAUACUAACAAAAGCUUCUUGCCUCCCGGAGGAUCCUCAUCAACUUUUGCUAUUCGCCACUUUGCCGGGGAUGUGGUGUAUGACAUCUACAGUCUCCUCAAUGCUAAUGCAGACACUAUUGCUGAUGAUAUAGUGGCCACCUUCAACACCAAGGAGUGUAACUUUGGGUUUGUUGCUCACUUGUUUGCUGUGGAGCUCAACAGAGACUUGCACAGUGAUGGGACUCCAAAGGGUCAAAUGUGCAGACUAACUCCAGCCUACCUUCAACACUCACCCCAUGAGUCCAAACCACCCACCACCUUCAUCCAGGACUUUCAGGCAAACUUUAAAGAUGCUCUGACUGUUUUGAAUUCUUGCCAACCAUUCUUUGUUCGCUGUAUAAAGUCCAACCCUGACCAGACACCUGGGCAGUUUGACAGAGACUAUGUGUCAGGGCAGAUACAAACACUGGCAGUAUUUGAGACAGUGGACCUUGUGCAAACUGGUUUUCUUCAUUUUAUGAGUUUUGAUGACUUCAUUGGCAAGUACUGCACCCUUGUUCCUGACUAUGUGCCACUGCCCAACAUGCAUCCUGCUGAAGUGCUAGAGGGAAUGUUAGCAGCUCUGAGUAGAGUGCUAGAAGAAGUGGAACUAUCACAAGAGCACUAUGCUAUUGGCAACACACAGAUAUUCCUCAAUGAAGAGCUAUUUCGAUGUCUUGAGCAUAUGAGACUGCUCAUUCUGAACAGAGCGGCUGUAAGGAUACAAGCUGCUGUACGGAGGUUCUUGUGUCGCCAGCAUUGGCCUCAAUUGAUGGUUUCCUUGCGUGCUGCUAGACUACAGGGGGAAGCUCAGACCAAGCUAACCAAGACUGUACCACCAGUAGCACCUAAUGGAGAGAAAGUGUAUACAGUGCGUAACUACACGAUUGUGGGAAGUUAUAAAGUGGGCUUCCCCCAAUGGAGAGUAAUGAAGUGUUGUUAUCCAGAAGGUGGUCUGUUACGUCCUGGUGAUGAGGUGUAUGUGUUGGGCCGCUCACACAAGAGAGGCUAUCUCAUAGUAGAGCAUCAAGGGGCUCAGAUACACAUGCCUCAUCAGUACACAGAGCUAAGGCUCACGCCCCCGAACAGUCCAUCCACCUCUCGACCCCCGCGAAUGAGCAGAGACAAACCCACGUACUCUGACCUAUGACCUUUUACACGGACUAUGUCUCUAAUCACAAUUAUAUAUGAACUGCUGUAUUCAACAAAAUGAACGAUCUCCUCAUAAUUACUAAUAAUAUUCUGUCAGUGACCUCUUAAUUAAUUUUUGUGCCCACUUAAACAUUUUUGACUGAUGGUAA